AUGAUCGAGGAGCGCGGGGCGCGUCCUCAUGUGACCCGCGGCUCUCAGCUGCUCAGGGGGCAGAAAUACACCGAGGAUGAGUCGACGCUGCCUGAAAUAAAAGUGAAGAAGAAGAGGGACGCCCACCCUUUUUCCUCCAGGAAGUGCUGCUCUCAGCCUGGAGACCUUUCUGUGUUCGCUGUGUUGAAAACACGAAUAACAGCACAUCGCUGGUGCAGAAAGUGGACGCUGCUUUCUCCUCCUCCUGGUCUCCGUCCCAUUCCACCUGAGCAUCGCCCCCUCGUGACCGUACCUGUCGAGUGUGCACAUGCAUGUGGUGAUGGUGGUGUCAGUGGAAAUAAAACAUCAGACCCUAACAACAAAAGUCAAACCUUCAGUGCGACCGAGGACCAGUCCUCCUCCAGCUCAUCUUCACCCAGCACCCACACCUCUGUCACCCACACAGACAGAGGUGUCCCACCCACCCAGUCUGGCUCACUGUCCAGUCAGCAGCCAGUAUCACCAGACCACCAGCUUCCAUUACCAGAGACAGACACCCAGUCUGCAGCCCUUCGUCCGUCUACCAUCACAGGCUCGCCCACUCAGGCUGCUCAGACUGGAUCCAUUACAGAUACUGGUACCACUACAUCCACCACUGCACAGCCUGAUAGGGCUGUACACACAGCCACUGUACUGGUGCCUUCUACAACAACAACAACCACAACAACAACAAUCACAACAACAACAACAACCACAACCACAACACCUACAACAACAACAACAGCAACCACAACAACAACAACACCUACAACAACAACAACAACACCAGUGUCUACUACUACAACAGCAGCAACAACAACAACAACACCAGCACCUCACCCUCCAACAACGGUAAAAGCAACAACCACACUUACAAGUGGAACCACUACUGUUACUGUAACUACAACCACAGGUACAGAGACGGCACCUCCAUCAUCACCAGCUGCCACGCCACAGCCAAAUGCCACAACUACUCAGAUGCCAGCGAUUCAGACCACCUCUGUUACCAGUGCCAUUACACCCGCCAAUCGCAAUGAGUCCGUCGCCUCGGGAACAGGGGUUGCCGUGGUAGAGGUAGCAGGGGGUGCUCUGACCAGGCAGCUGGUGGAUACGGCGUCCCUGCUGGCGGUCCUGCUCUUCGGCCUGCUCUUCUUCUUGGUCACGGUGGCCGUGUUUGCCACACAGGCCUACGAGAGCUACAGGAGGAAGGACUACACCCAGGUGGAUUACCUGAUCAACGGCAUGUACUCAGACUCCGGGGUGUGAGGGUGGAAGAGGCUGAGCACAACUCGCAGAGAUUGUUUUGUGGAGGCUGUAGAACGGAAGCUCGACAGGACGGUGAGACGCCGGUGCUGUGAAUUCACACGCUGAUCCAGUGCUGCUGUUAAACACUCUGUGGAGAGGUGGGAGUGGACGGAACUGACCAGCAGCUCACUGAACCCACUGUAACGCAGUCACUGCUCUGUUUCAUCACAGAUGUUCCACUUAACGCUUUCUCCUCUCUCGCUUCUUCUUCUUCUUUGAUGGUUUGAAUGUGAAGAGUCUGGCUUGUCCCAUUGUUGCCAGAUGUGAAGCAACCUAAAUAUUUGCUGGCUGGAUGUAACUCCGGUUCUAUGAGUGCAUGCAGAGCCCGCUGACAGGCCUCAGCCCACAGCAGAAUCUCCUCCACACUGCUGCUCAGUCCAGCUGUAGUUGGAUCCAGGGUGACUGGACCAAUCACGAUGCAGAGCUCAUCAGAUGAGCCAGUUCAGUUUCUUAUGACAGGAAAAAGGACAAAAAGUGGACUUCUUUGGUUUUUUGUUGGUUUUUUUUUUUUUUAGAAUUUCGAUACGAAAAUUUUCAAAAUGCGUUUUUUUGAGUUAUUGUCACUUUGCAGAUGAAUGUAGUCACAGAAGUCUUUUGCUCAUUAAGGACGGGGUUCGUCACAUUUUCAGAGAAUCAAACAGAACAUGUUAGUCUGAGUCUGUUCUAAAACUUCACCACCCUUUAUCCUUCAAUGAAUUUUGUCCCACGUUGGAGCGAGUGUUAGAAUUUCAAGUAGAAGGCGACAGCCCUGUGAAGGACCAAAGCAUAUUUGUGAAUACUGUGUCUGAGAUGUGACGUUCAAUUUCCACUAAUUAACUGAUUAUUCAUUCCACAUAAAAAGUCUCAUUCACUAAAAAACUGAAAAUCAGCAGCAAACCCUGAGCUAACACUGAGCUCAGGGGUAAAUUCAGGACUUGUAUAUCACAGUCACAGAGACCCGAGCAGUUUUACAGAUGGUUCAUCAUAACUUCAGUCUUAUUCUUGUAGUUGUGGCCGUCGUUUCUAUCAGAUAGUUAUUGUACGUAUCAAAGGUAAAGUGUGGGAAAGCAGAGUUUGACCUUUUUCGAGGAUCUGGAGAAAUACCAGUCCAGCCAGUAGCAGUGGGGUGCUGUGAAAAAGCUGAUCUGACCUGCACUUGAACUAAUCUCUUCCAAAGUUGAAUCAGAACUGAAUAAGCGGGUUGAGCUCCCCUCCCCGCUCCACAGACGCUCAGAGCUGGACACAGGUUUCUCCUGCCGGCUGAGCUCUGCAUUAAGUUUCCCCAGAUGUGGCCACAGUAUACACAGCACGGUAUCUGAGAGAGAGCGUCAGGUCGCGGAGUUGAUGGUUGGAGAUGUUUUUUUGGUCGUUUGUCAGUUUGGGAUGUUUGGCUCUUUUGCUCUUUGUGAGCAGCGGGGGCGGUGCAGGCCCCGGUGUGUUUGUUUACAUGGCAGCCGUGUUGCUCGGUGAUGAGGUUAAAGAAGAGCAGCAGACACUGAUCCUGAUCAGUUCGUGUGAAGGAGUUCCCAUCAGGCAGAGCAGCAGUGAGGUGCUAACGGCGCCGUCUCUUCAUUUCAUGACUUUAAAGGCACAGUCUGGCUUUUUUUUUUUGUUAAUGGGUUUGUUUGCUGCCAACGCUGCAGUUACAGUGCUAACAACAGCAUCGUUUACAUGGUCCAGGAUGUGUUUAGCACAUGAUGUUUAUUAGUGACAAUAACACACACGACUAACAGUCGUCGUGUUUAGAUCUGGUCCAGCUAAACUGCAGUGACUCCCUCUAGUGGCGACAGCAGAGAAUUUCCCAGAGGCUGGACUGUUUCUUUAAAAGUCCUAUGAUUUCACUUUGAUCACAUUCCUCCAGUUUCCUCUGAUGGUUUGACAUUUCAGCUGUUUCCCACUGUUUAAUGUGUGUAAACACGUCUUGCAGUGAAUCAUGGGAACAGGGCCAGAUUGUUUAUGUCGUUACAUUUUCUAGUUUUCCUCACGGUGAAUGUAUUUUUGAACACUCAGCUUAUUUGAAUAUAUUUUACUAUGUGUCUUCCUUAUUAAUCCAUUAGCGUGUAGCCCACUGUGCAUUUCCUCAUGCUUUUGUUUAGAUGUUUUCAUAUUUCAUUAAUGAACAUGAAUAUUAAGCCAUUCAUCCACUUACUUUUAAUGUUCUCAUAGUUCUGCUGUGUUAUCGUAAUGACUAAUGAACUGUAGCUCAUGAGUUAAAUUACUGUUAGAACAGCAGCAUUUCACUUCACAGCCCAGAGUUCUGUGCCUGUGUGAUAUGAACGGAAACCUCGUCAGUAGUUGCCUGGUUCAUUGCUCUCUGUGAUUAAUGACCAGGUAUCGUUCAGUGUGAAUCACAUCACUGAGUGUUAAACACCUGCUGCAGCUCUGAGCAGUGUGAUGUGAAGGAUCGUGGAUGAUGAUGCAGCCCACCAGCCUCUGACGGUGCACACCGACUAACCGUCGCCUGUCCUCUGUCCUUCACCGGUUUGUGUUAGUUUACGUUUUUCUGAGGCGUUCACGGUCGGUGGAACUUUGCCAAAUAAUAAUCACUGAAGCACAUUAUUGUAUGAUAAAGCCAAGGGAAACAUAAAGCCAUUAAUGUGAGUGAGCCUGACUGAGAGGAUGAUGUGGAUUUCCGGGUGUUUCUGGAUGGAUCUGAAAACUCACAGCAGAAGAUGUCUUCAUUUAAAAAUCCUAAUGUUUCUGGAGCAUGUACAGUGCUUUAGGUUUUCACCUCUAUGUUUUUGUUUUUUUGUUUUUUGACCUGCCUAUUUUGCAUCAUUUUCCCAUGUCUUUAAAGUUGAUGCCAAAAUUGAUGUGUUGGUUCUCUCAGGAACAUCAGAGACCAUCAGUACGGAAGCAGAGAGGGGCUUCGUUUGGCUUUGAUAUGAUUUUUUUUUCCUCUCCUCAAAAAAACAAUCAUUUAUUUUCUCAUGAAAAUUUGAUGUUUAAAAAAAAAAGUUACAUCAAGAAAAGUUUGAUGUUAAAUGACAAGUAAGACAUUUGACCUCACUAAACCGUUUCUUUUUUUUUCUUAAAUAACCAAAAUAACCCGAAUAAAUAAACUAAUAACCAUGGCUGCUCUCAGCCUCCAUACAUGGCUGUAACUAUUUUUAUGUUUUGUUUUCUCAUCAUUGCAAAAGAAUUAUUUCUUGAUGUCAGUAAAAAAAUGGUCCCGCACCGUCUUCAGAUCAUUAGACGAAAACGUUCAGUGUUCAGACGCGAGGUAAUCACUGCCUUAUGACUGCUGUUUAGAGCUGAUUACCAUAAUGGACUCAUGCAUUGUUUGCUAACGAUCAUGAGAAAAACAUUUCAGCCUGAGAUCCCCCCCAAACAAAGUUAUUUGGUGAUCAUUGGAAUCAAAGUCAGAGGCCUCUGUAUCCCUGUGUGAGGUUGACUUGAAGUCAUGACAGAAAUCCGUCUUCAGUUAUGUUGGAACGACGUGUUCGUCACUGUGUCCGUGACACGGUGGAGAAUUUCCAGGAUUUGCUGAUUUUCUAGCUGUGAUUCAGAGUGUCUGUGAUCCUGGACUGAGCUGGACAAGCUCCUGGAGACACUGGUGGACUGUGUUCAGGGUGGAUUUGUGACCGAUGUGCAGAAUGUCAAGAAAGGACAGAGAGGACACCUGUGCUGUGUGCCAACUCAACAUUGUACUAAUGCACUUUGAAAAGGUAUUUUUACUUAAGAGAGAAUAAAUAAUAUAA